CUGUGAGCUGGGGAGGAAAGCGGAGGGAGGUGAGCCCGGGGGGCCAGGCCAGGCGGUGGGGAGGGGUGGAGAACAGGGCCGGGUGACUCACGAGAACAGAAUGUCCUCUUUCCCUUUUAUUUCCCAGUGGGUUUUCUGUGAGGGCAGCGGAGGGAGGUGUUGGGGGGAGGGGAGGCAAAUUCACUGUGCAGGACAUGUUAGGUUUCUGUAGUGCGGCCGGCUCUCUCUCUGUAGUCCUUCGAGACCACCUCUCCUUCUCCAUCCCCCGCCCGCCCCCAUUCUGCCCUGGCCGGGGCCUCACUCUCCACCCUGGACUCCUGCCAGUCUGUCCACCUUCGGCUCUGCCCCUUCGGGAGCAUCUCCACUCGGACUUACAGACGGGCCGAGGAAGGGACCUCGGGAAAGGCCAGAGACAGCGGGGCUCGGCGUGGGCUGCACCCCCACACCUGCCGCAGGGAACCCACACAAACAACAGGCGCAUGAGAAGUCACAGAACCAACAAUCAAGCUUCAAGCAGGGUCCCCGCCCUGGCACCCCAUAUCAGCCGCAUCUGUUAGUUGGUGUUGGGAAUUCAGCUGGAGGCCACGGCGCUGCAGGUCGGCAGAGAACCUGGCUCCUUCCCGGGGCCGCAGUGCGCUCCCUGCCUGUGGAGGAGCCCAGUGCCCGGCCUGUCCAUUCAUCUCAGCAAAGGGAGAGAGAAUCUGCAGGCUAUGUGUGGCCUAAUAGUUCCCUCGGGCCUUGGGGCAAUUGCAAAGGGCCAGGCUGUGUGACCUUGGCCAGCCCUUUGCCCUCUCUGAUGAGUAAGCCUGCAGCCGAUUGCUCUGUGGUUGCGUGGUGCCUCCAAAGAGCACUGACCCAGGGGUGGCCGCAGGGAGGUCCCUCCUCGGCCCCCACUGACGAGUGGCGGGCUCUAAGCAGCCCGUCGGCAUCUGUGUCUCGCCACGCAGGGCUGCUGUGUUCCGCCCCUUUAGUUCCUGUUCCUCGUGGUUCCGUUUCUCAGAAGAGGGGCGCUACUGACUCUCCUCUGGGGGUGGGGUGGGGGGAGCAGUCUUCAGAGAUGCGGAGUGGGAGGGCUCUGAUCGGUGAGGGCCGGCAGGGAGACCUCUCUGCAGACUUGAUUCAGUGGCCUGAGCCUGGCUCAUUUCCCCGGACCUCCCCAGCAGGGGGCAGGGCAGGGGCAGCUUGGGGUGUGCAGAAGGGGCGGGGUGAGGCCUGUCCCCCAGGCAGCUGGGAGGCCCCGGCCCUCACUCACAAUUGGAGGAAGGCCUUCAGGAAGCGCUCGCAGCUGCUCGGACAUCUCAGAGCCAAGUCUCAGGCAGGACCACAGCGGCAGCACCCAGGGAGGAGCGGCAUGGCCCGGAGGCCGCAGCCCCAGGUGCAGCCACAGCUGGCCCUCGCGGAGCCCAGGGCACCACCGUUGGCCUUGGGCUGUCCAGGCUGUCCAGGCUCGCCCUGAGCAGCAUCUCCGGCCCUCCAUGUCCAGGGAGUCUCUGCUCGCAUCUUCCAGGACUGCGCUUCUAGAAGCUGCCGGUAGAACUGACCACAGCUCAUGCCAGCCUGGCCGAGGGUUAGAAGAGAGAAGAGAUGGACUGUGAUCCCAGCAGUAGGGCCAUGUGUGGGUGCCUGGCAGCCUAGGGCAGGCAGGGCCGGGGGCCUCCGCGCGGCUUCGCUGGGCCCAGGCUCCCCCACCCCCGCUUCGAUGGGGGGCUGAGGCUCCCACAUGCCCCAUGCUUGCUCAGUGGGUCGGUGGCCAUGGAAACGGCAGUGAUUGGGGUGGUGGCAGUGCUGCUCCUGGUCACUGUGGCCGUCACCUGCAUCCUGUGCUGCUUCAGCUGUGACUCGAGGAACCCGGAUCCUGAGGAGGGCCCUGGCCACAGCUUCACGGUGGCCACAUUUCGCCGGGAGGCGUCCCUCUUCACGGGGCCCAAUCGCCAAACCCAGCCAGGGCCGAGUGCUCGGGACUUCUGGUCCUUCAUGUGACAUCCUGCAGCCGCUCUGCUAGGGGGCUGCGCUCAGCCGCCCUGCUCGCAAGCCCACACCUCCGCGUCCUGCAGCCCCCGUGCGUCCCUCCUGUAUGCUGCCCAUCCCGCCUCUGCCCCUGCAGCCACAGGGAAGGCAGUGCUGGGACCUGAUGGAAGUCAGCUGCGACCCCGACAGCUCAGCGGGGCCUGCCUCCUGAAGGGGAGGAGGGGAACAGCCGUUGCGUGGGACCGUGUGGCAGGCCAGCUCUGUGGAGUACCGCGUGGAACUCUCACUGCCGGUGCGAGAAUUCUUAUUGCCCCAGCAGAUGCAGCGCCCCCAAGUGGACGCUUUUAGAAACCACUUCUUGCCGGCUCCCCUAAUUGAGUAUUUUCGCACAGAGCUUUCCCCAAAGGCCUGUCCUCUGCCAGUUGUCUGAAACAGCCCCAAAAUUUUGAAGCCGAAGAGCUGUUUUCUGCGCACAAGUGAUCUCUUCGACAAUGGAGAAAGUAUAACCUUUUAUGGGUCUUUCCAAAUCUCGUCUUGAAAACCACAAAAGGAAAAAGGAGACAGAAGAGGCACAGAAAGUACAAGAUGUUUUAUUAAGAGGAAGGCCAGAAAGCGGACUUUCAAAUGUAUUUCCCAACGAGGCUGUAUUGCUGUUUUCUAGUAGCUCACUUCUUUCCUUAGUGAAAGUGGAAUGUGAGUGAUUUUCAUCACUUAGGAAUGAUAGAAAAAUCACGGACAGAAAGAUAAUUCCAAAAAAAGCUGAAAUGCUAUGUUACACUCAAAGCAUGUAACACUGCUCUCGUCUUCAUCACAAAUAAAGGGAUAUUCGGGUCUUCUUCAUAGGAAA